CCUACGGCAGUAUGAAGGCCUUAAACUGGUGGGCACCGAAUGUGAUGGCGGGCAUUCCCGAAAUCUACUGUGGGUUGCGAGACGACCAUCGCAGAACCAUCGAGAGAAUCGAAACCAUAAAAACGAAAGAACUGGCGACUAAUCAGAACUGUUGGGAUUCUGGACAUUGCAUCCAAACUUUGGAGUCUGUGCUCUCUCAGAUAAAAGAACUGGUACCAGAAGAUGAUCCAAAUUCUUUCAAGCGAGCCGUUCUCACAAUCAGGUCUGUAGACGGGGGCUCAGGAAUGAACACAGUCGAAAUCCAGAAGCGGAAUGGACAGGAGGGAGAUCGGUUUGUAGAGGAGGACGAUAUCCAGCUCAUCUUCAAGGGCAAUGAGUAAUAAGCGGAGUUAAACAAAAAUGUAUUUGGUAUCACUCCCACCAUUAAAGGGAGACCAUUUCUUUUAACCUAAUCCAACAAAAUAUACAAAUAGAAAGAAAAAAUAAUUGGGCUACAGUAAAACUUGUGUAUAAAGAUCACCUAAGGGGGACAAGAAAAGUGUACUUAAUAGGCAGAUGGUCUUUGUGUUCAAUGUUUCAAUGUUUCAAUGAUGUAAGGGAAAUGCAUGAUGAAGUCUUAUAUUAUGUGAUAUGCAGUCUUUACAAAUAAGUAGUCUUUCUGUACAGGUGGUAGCUAGAGCAGAUUUCACAGCACAUAGCUAACAGAAAAACAGAAAGAAAGAACUAAAAGGGUUCGCGAUUCAGCACGUUUAACAUUAUUGUAUUGAGAACAAAUUCAAAUCGUCAUGCAAGCUUCCUAAAACUGUCGCCAUAGUGUGAUGACUGGAGCUUAAAAUCUGUGAUUUUUUAUUGUUGUAUAGACUUUUGUAAAAACUAUGCAAAUUCAUUUGCUGCUUCUUCCUUUUUCUUCAUAAUAUUGUAGAGCUGUAAUUAUGCACGAAAUAGAUGCUUGUUCGUGUAUCCAAUAUGAGGUGGGGUGCAUGCAGUUGCCCCUUCCCUCAAUUAUCUAACUUAGAAAAGAUG